UUAUCCACAUAUGGUCAUUAAUAUAUAAGGUUAAUAAAAUAGUUUGGUUAUACUAAGCGUUAGGAAUUAUAGCACUAUUUAUAAGUAACAUAGGUGCUCAUAUCAGGAUCUUAGAUAACAGCAUUUGCUUAUAGUUUAUUUUGGUAAAUGAUAAUUUUCAUCAUAUGUUCUUGAACGAACAUUCCAUGUCAGAUGGUCAACGUGAUCCAUUUCUGCUUUGAUUAUUUUAUUCUUGUUCGUCUACGUUAAGAAAUGUUCGAAGGGAGGAAGAUAUUCGGAAGAGGUGCGACCGGAAGGAUGGGGAGGUAUUGCGGAAGUAUACCGAAGAAGUGGAAAAUGGAUCCUCCGAUCACUGCUACCAACCUCUCCCUUCAUGAGAGGUUCUCGGUAUUUUCGGGCAGUUCAAGAACCCAAUACAACUGCCGUCCUCUGAAUAACAAACAGCUGUUGCUUAGACUGUCCAAAGAGUUCGUUUGCGGAAAGGCUUUCAGUUCUGGGAGGUUGAGGUUAGCAGGGUCGCCAGCUCUGGAUAAUUGGAGGUUAAUGAAGUUGUUAGCUCUGGGCGAGGAGAUGCGGAUCAGGAACCGAAGAAGGGAAGAUGGAAAUGUGGGAACAGUAAAUGGAUAAUAAUAAAGAUGUAAAUAAAAAUAUUAUUUGUA